AUGAAGUCAAAAAAAGGCCUGAUGAUGUUGUCAGGGAGUGAGACAGAUGAUGAAGACAGCGUAGAUGCUCCUCUGGAUCUGUCAUCCAGUGGCAGCGGCGGCAAAAGGAAACGCAGGGGCAAUCUACCCAAGGAGUCUGUGCAGAUCCUCCGAGACUGGCUUUAUGAGCACCGCUACAACGCCUACCCCUCGGAGCAGGAGAAAGCCCUCCUGUCCAAGCAGACGCAGCUGUCCACUCUGCAGGUGUGUAACUGGUUCAUUAACGCACGGCGGCGACUUCUUCCCGAGAUGUUGCGGAAAGAUGGAAAAGACCCCAACCAAUUCACAAUAUCCAGAAAAGGGAGCAAAGGAGGAGAUGGAUUUUCUGACAAUUCCCAGUCUCCAAAACACAGCAGUCCAGCGGUCAGUCCUGAGGAGAGCUUUGACAAGAGAGCACUGCACCCCUCCAACUUUGAACUGGCUGUGCCGAGUGUCCUGAGGAAGGCCAUGUCACCAGCGUCGCCCUCUCCCACCUCCACGCCGCCCUCACCAGUGCUCCUGCCCAUGCGGCCCUCUGUCAUCUGUCACACCACUGUCACAAGCGCGCUCCAGCCCAGCCCCACGGCCUCCAGCCCCACGGCCUCCAGCCCCACGGCCUCCAGCCCCACGGCCUCCAGCGCCUCCAGUCCUGUCCCUGUGGCUCUUAUGAACUGUGAGCGCGCUGCGGAGCUGCUGCAGUCGGUACAAGCCCAGGCACUGCUCCGGUUCCGUGACGACGUGCCCAUCCCAGCAGCCACCACCAUCGUCAGUAGCACCAGCAUGGAGGGCAACCUGAGCCCCCGCAGCGGGCUGUUCAACACCCCUCCCCCCACACCCCCAGACCUCACACAGGACUUUAGCGGCUUCCAGCUCCUGGUGGAUGUGGCUCUCAAACGGGCGGCAGAGAUGGAGCUGCAGGCUAAACAGCUGGUUUCUUAA